GGGGCUGGGGGCGGGGCAGGUGGGCCCAGGGGGCAUCCCCUCCCCCUGCCCCGCUGACCCCCCCCCGCUCCCCCUCCCCCCAGGUCUCCUCUCCUGGUUCUGUAAUGGGCUCCUGGCCACCGGCAUCAUCUCCUAUGUCCAGAGCGACACCGGUCAUGAUGCUGCCUACGGUGGGGAUGGCUUUUUCAUCUUGGGGGGCCUGUGCGUUUCCUACGGGGUGGGCUCCUACCUGGUGAACCUGGCGCUGCUGCGGCAGCCCAUGAUGCUGCCGGCACCCACCACUGCCACCAAUGCCACUGCCAUGCUGCUGGCCCUGCUCUGGCUCUGUGCCCUCUCCCUCUACAUCGGGCGUUUAGAGGUGGAGAUCAUCCCCGAGGAGCCCCCCAAAAAGUGACCCCGGGGUGGGGGGGGGAGAGAGAGAGAUGAUAACAGGGAUCCCCCUCAGUGAUGGGGUGGGAAAAUACCCCCUGGGGGAUUGGAAACUGCCUUGGGGGGGGUAAAAACCAAUGCAGGGGGGUUAAAUCUACACUAGGGGGGAUUAAACCCCCCCCAGUGGGGAUUAACACCCCCACCAGUGGGGAUUAAACUGCACCCCAGGAGGAUUAAAAGCCCUUUGGGAGGAUUAAGCCUCUCUCCCCAGGAGGAUUAAAUUAUUUAAUCCCCCCCCCCGGGAGGAUUAACACCCCACCCAGGAGGAUUAAAAGCCCCCCCCCGGGGGAUUAACCCCCCCAGAAGGAUUAAAACUGCCCCUGGGAAGAUUAACCCCACCCCAGGGGGAUCAAAAACACCCGGAGGGUUGGAUUAAAAUCCAAUUAAAGCCCCCCCCAGGUGCUGUUUUUGUGCAAAACCCCCCAGUUUUGGCUGCUUUAUAUUUAUUCACUCACCCCCAGCGCGGGGGGGUGGGGGGGUCUGCACCCUCCUGGGGCGUUUGCUGCACCCACCAUGUUUGCAUGCUCAUUCCUGCUGC